AUGACAAUCAACCCUCCCGUCUAUCGCAUCGGCGUCGACGUCGGCGGCACCAACACCGACGCCGUCAUCGUCGACACCUCCGUCGGGGACCACGCCCGCUCCGUCAUCGCCUCCCACAAAUCCCCCACCACCUCCCCCAACGUCACCGCCGGCAUCGAGCGCGCCGUCCGGAGCGUGCUGUCCCAGAGCCGCGUCGACCCGGACCGCGUCUCCUCCAUCGCCGUCGGCACCACGCACUUUAUCAACGCCAUCGUCGAGCACGACGCGCGCCACCUCGAGCGCGUCGCCGUCCUGCGCCUCUCCCGCUCCUUCACCCGCGAGGUCCCGCCCUUCUCCGACUUUCCCGCCGGCCUGCGGCGCAUCAUGCAUGGCUACCACGCGUUCCUCGACGGCGGGCUGCACAUUGACGGCAGCCUCGAGGCGCCCGUCCGCGCGGAGCAGGUCCGCAGGGAGUGCGAGGCCAUCCGCGAGCGGGGCAUCCGCUGCGUCGCCGUCGUGGGCGUCUUCGCGCCCCUGGACAGCGGCCACCUUCACCAGGAAGAGGCGGUGCGGGCGAUUGUCAACCGCCAACUCCCCGAGGUCGCGGUGGUGUGCUCGCACGAGGUGUCCGGGCUCGGGUUCCUGGAGCGCGAGAACGCGACGAUCCUGAACGCGUCGAUCCUGCGGUUCGCCGCGCGCACCAUCGGUGAGUUCCGGAAGGCGCUGGCGAGGCUGGGCUUGCGCUGCCCGCUGCACCUGACGCAGAACGACGGCACCAUGAUCGAGGCGCGCAGCGCGGCGAGGCUGCCGAUUCGCACGUUCUCGUCGGGGCCGACGAACUCGAUGCGCGGCGCGGCGUACCUCAGCGGCAUGUACGAGGACGGCAAGGCCGGCGCGACGAGCAUCGUGUGUGAUGUUGGCGGCACGACGAGCGAUGUCGGCGUGCUGCUGCCGUCUGGAUACCCGAGACAGGGCGUGGCCGAGGCGACGGUGGCGCGUGUCCGGGUGAACUAUUCCAUGCCGCACGUCGAGUCCAUCGGGCUUGGAGGGGGGUCCGUCGUGCGCGAGAUGGCGCGCGGCGGCGUGAGCGUCGGGCCAGACUCGGUCGGCCACGCCAUCCAGGAGAAGGGGCUCGUGUUUGGGGGAGACGUCAUGACGGCUACGGAUGUCGCGGUGGCAGCCGGGGCCGCCGCCAAGGUAGGCGACAGGAGCCUGGUCGAUGAGGUUGACCAAAAGGUGGUCAGCGACGCGCAGGCAGUCAUCCGCAAGAAGCUGGAGAGGGCCAUCGACCUGGUCAAGACGUCGCCCGACGACGUGCCCCUCAUCCUCGUCGGCGGCGGCUCCAUCAUCGCCCCCGACACGCUCGCCGGCGUCUCCCGCGUCAUCCGGCCUCCCCACCACGACGUGGCCAACGCGGUCGGCGCCGCCGUCGCCAAGGUCAGCGCCGUCGUCGACAUGGUCAAGGACACGGCCGACCAGUCCGUCUCCGCGGCACUGGCCCAGGCCGUCCAGCUCGCGACGGAGCGCGCGGUCGCCGCCGGCGCCCAGCCGCACACCGUCGUCGUCACCGAGAAGGAGGUCCUGCCGAUCCCGUACGUCGCCAACCAGUUCCGGCUCAUCGUGAAGACGGUGGGUGAGUUUUCGCCGUCGCGGGAGGCACGAGAGGAAAACGGGGUCGUCGUGGAGGCAGAGCCGAUGGGCUGCGCCGAGGAGGAGGUCACGUUGGGGGAGAAGACUCUGCCUGUUGCUGAGCCGGAGGCUGAUGAGGUGUUUGACAUUGAGAGCUACCGACCCUGCAUCCGGAAGAAUGCGACGACGGGGGUUCAGGAGUGGUUUCUGUCCGCUACUGACCUGGAGUGGCUGUCGGAUGGCUGCUACGUCCUGGGGUGCGGUGGCGGCGGAUCGCCGUAUCCCGAGAUGUUGAAGCUCAAGUCGCAUCUGGAGGCGGGCCAUACUCUGCGAGUCAUCGAUCCCGAAGACUUGGCUCCAGAUGCUCGGCUCUAUUGGCCGGGAUUUAUGGGCUCUACAGUAGUCCCCGCGGAGAGACUGAGUGCCAGCGAGACGAUCCUAGCCGUCAAACUGAUGAUGGAGCAUGAAAAGGUGGACGACUUUGACGCGCUUAUCGGUCUCGAAAUCGGCGGCGCAAAUGGUCUGCAGCCCUUGACCGUCGGGUCGAGCAAGAACUUUGACAAACCUGCCGUAGACGCAGACUGGAUGGGCCGCGCGUACCCUACCAUGUGGCAGACGACCAUCUCCGCGCAGGUCCCCGACCAGCUGAUCCCGUGCGGCAUCGCCUCCGGCGACGGCCGCAACCUCCUCAUGACCCGCACCGACUCCGACCGCUCCGUCGACCGCACCCUCCGCGCCGCCUCCACCGAGAUGGGCUGCUACGUCGGCUGGUGCCCCCGCCCGACCACCGGCGCGCUCGUCCGCCGCUGGGCCGUCCCGCGCACCCUGUCGCAGGCCUGGCGCGUCGGCCGGUGCAUCGCCCGCGCCGCCGCCACCAACACCGCCUCCACCGUCGUCGACGCCAUCGUCGAGCAGCUCGGCGGGCCCGCGUGCGCUAAGCUGCUCUUCCGUGGCAAGAUUGUGCACGUCGAGCGCCGCCUGUACAAGGGUCACUCGCACGGCGAGGUCACCAUCGCGCACCAGGCGGAAGCCGACGAGGAGGGCGAGGUGAUGCGGAGCGAGGCGGCGGUGGUUGGGGGCACGCUGCGCAUCCCGUUCAAGAACGAGAACAUCCUGGCGACGCACGAGGACCGCGGCGUGGUGGCGUGCGUGCCGGACUUGAUCGCGGUGCUGGACGCGGGCACGGGCAGGGCCCUGGGCGUGGGAGAGUACAGGUACGGCGUCGCGGUCAACGUGCUGGGCGUCACAUGCGCGCCGGCCUGGAGCGAAAACGCGGCCGCGCUCGAGGUCGGCGGCCCAGCGGCGUUUGACCGCCCGGACGUGGUGUAUGAGCCGCUGGGGACGUACGUUGAGCCGGAAAGUGUCAUUCGGGAGUUUCAGACUUCGUGA